AAAAAAAAAAAAUAUUUUCUUUUUAUUUUUUCCCUUUUUCUCUUCUUUACCUUUUCUCUUUUUUUUUUUUUCCUUUCCACUAAAAAAAAUAAUAAUAAUAAACCCCCCCUUCUCUUAAAAACAUCAAAAUGACAGACGACUAUGAUUACGAAUCCCUUGGAAACAACGCCACCCUUGGUCAAGAUGCCAUGGCUGGUGCUCUUGCUGGUAUUGCUGAACAUUGUGCCAUGUAUCCUGUCGAUAGUAUCAAGACUCGUAUGCAAGUAAUUCAGUCUGUUGCUAGACCUCAAGUGUUUGCCACGGCAGCAGCUGCCGUCACUGCUGGCCACCAACACCACCCUCAUCGUCAUCUUCAUUCGGCUGCCAUUGCAGAAGGUAGCAACUACAAGGGAAUGAAAGUAGCUUCACGUAACCUUUGGCGUGGUGUAAACUCUGUAGUGAUGGGAGCAGGACCUGCGCAUGCAGUCCAUUUUGCGACCUACGAAGCCUGUAAAGAAGCAUUUGGAGGCAACGCUGGUGGACAUCACCCAUUAACAACGGCUGCUGCUGGUGCAUGUGCCACACUUGCUCACGACGCACUGAUGAAUCCAUUUGAUGUGAUUAAACAACGUAUGCAAUUAGGUGAUAGUGCUUAUCGAACAGUGAGAGAAUGUGCACGUAGUGUUUAUACCAAGGAAGGCAUUGCUGCUUUUUAUAUUUCACUCCCUACCACUUUAACUAUGUCUGUUCCAUUUCAAUCCAUCCAAUUUGCCACGUAUGAAUAUUUCCGUAAAGUCAUUAAUCCUACAGGUGAAUAUGACCCCAAGACCCAUGCCAUUGCAGGUGGUCUUGCUGGUGCUAUUGCUUCUGCUGUCACAACACCCUUGGAUGUGGUCAAAACUUUACUUCAAACUCGAGGACAAAAUGCUGAUGUACGUAUUCGUAAUGCUUCUGGUUUAAUGGACGCUGUUCAUAUCAUCAAGGAAAGAUAUGGUGCUCGAGGUUUCUUUAGAGGUUUUAAGCCUAGAGUGCUUACUGUCAUGCCUAGUGCUGCCAUCAGUUGGAGUGUGUAUGAAUACUUUAAGUGGUUCAUUAGCAGCAACAACAACCCCAUUCAAGACAAAAAUUUACUUUCUUUAUAAGAAACUUAUAUAUCCCCCCAACAACAAGAAAUCUAAACCUAACAUCAUGUAAAUUUUAAUAUUCCCCCUCUUUUCUUUUUUUUCUUCCUUUACUCUCUCCCACCUUUUUUUUCUUUUUUCCACACUAAAUUAUUACAUAUUGCAAUAUUCCCUUUUUCUUUACUGUAUAUAACUUUCUUUUUUUCCCUCCUAUCAUCAAACUCUUUUUUUAUUUAAUAAUAAAAAAGUAAUAGAAUUCACAAGUAAUAGAAAAAAAUAAAUAAAAAUAAACCAUCUAAUCAGAUCGUUCACGAUCUCCC